AUGUCACAAAAUGAUAAGAAAGUUUUUUAUAUUACUGGUGCAAGUAAAGGAUUUGGUUUAGAAUUAACCAAUCAAUUACUUGAGAGAGGAUUUAAUGUUGUGGCAACUUCAAGAAAUAAACAACAAUUAUCAAAUAGUGUGAAUAAUAAAUUUGUUACAAAUGAUAACUUUUUAGCAUUACAAGUUGAUCUCACAUCCAAUGAAUCAGUAAAGAAUUCAAUUGAUGAAACAAUCUCAAAAUUCACUCGUAUUGAUGUUAUCAUUAAUAAUGCAGGUUAUUCACAAUGUGGUACAAUUGAAGAAUUAACAGAUAAAGAAAUUAGAGAUAACUUUGAAUGUAAUGUUUUCGGUGUUAUCUCUGUAAUUCGUAAUGCACUUCCACAUUUACGUAUAAAUAAGUUUUUUGCAAAUGGGCCUAGAAUAAUUAACAUUUCAUCAAUUGCUGGAUUUACAGGAUCAUUUCCAGGAUUUAGUAUUUAUUCAUCAACUAAAUUCGCAUUGGAAGGUUUAACAGAAGGUUUGAAUGAAGAUUUGAAAGAGUUUGGUAUACAUGCAUCAACUGUAUUACCAGGUUAUUUUAGAACAUCAUUUUUAGAGAAAGGUUCAGUGGCAGUUCCAUCACAUCCAAUUAAAGAAUAUACAGCAGUUAGAAAAAUUCAAGAAAUUCAUGAAAAUCAAAUUAAUGGUAAUCAACAAGGUGAUCCUGUAAAAGGUUGUAAAGUUAUCAUUGAUCAUGCAUUAUCUGAAAAUCCAACAACUCAUCUUUUCUUAGGUCCAGACUCAAUGAAAUAUGCUCAAUCCAAAAUUGAAGCAAUUCAAAAUGAUAUCAAAUCAAAUUAUGAUGCAGCUUCUAAAACUGAUUUCACAAAUUAA